AUGACUGGGACUGAAUGUCAGUAUGUUUCCAGCUCACUGAAUGUGUCUGUGUGUAUCUGCUGGUUCAGAGAGUCUGGAACAAAGGAUGUGUCCCUCACUGUCCCAGACACCAUCACCACCUGGGAGACGGAGGCUUUCUGUUUGUCCCCUCAGGGGUUUGGCUUGGCUCCUCGUAAAGAGAUCAAUGUCUUCCAGCCCUUCUUCCUGGAGCUCAGCCUCCCUUACUCCAUCAUCCGGGGGGAGCACUUUGAACUGAAGGCAACCACCUUCAACUACCUGUCCAGCUGCAUCAUGGUCACUGUGACUCCAGCACCCUCUUUAGACUACACCCUCACUCCGCUCUCUGGUGACCAGUACACAUCCUGUUUGUGUGGCAGUGAGCGCAAGACCCUCAGCUGGACCAUGGCCCCCUCAGUCUUGGGGGUUGUGAAUGUGUCUGUGACGGCUGAGGCUGUGGCAUCACACACUUCAUGUGACAAUGAGAUUGUGAGCGUUCCAGAGAGAGGACGUAUCGACGUGGUCACACGAUCUCUCAUAGUAAAGGCUGAGGGAACUGAGAUCACCAAGACCUACAACUUUCUGCUCUGCCCAAAAGGGGAAGCUGUGACAGAGGAAAUAGACAUCCAACUCCCUGAGAACAUGAUUGAUGGAUCUGCCCGUGCUUCACUAUCAGUCCUGGGUGACAUUCUGGGCCGAGCCCUGAAGAACCUGGAUGGGCUGCUAAAGAUGCCGUAUGGAUGUGGAGAGCAGAACAUGGCGCUCCUGGCCCCCAACAUUUACAUCCUCCAGUACCUGGAAAACACACAGCAGCUGACCGCAGCCAUCAAGGAGAAGGCUACCAACUUCCUGACCAGUGGCUACCAGAGACAGCUGAACUACAAACAUAGCGACGGUGCUUACAGCACAUUUGGAUCAGGACCGGGGAACACUUGGCUGACUGCUUUUGUGCUGAGAUCUUUUGCCAAAGCAAAGUCUUUCAUCUACAUUGACCCAAAAAAGAUUGAAGAGUCUAAGUCUUGGCUGGAUGGUAAACAACGAGAAAACGGCUGUUUCCAGCAGCUGGGAAAACUCUUCAACAACAGAAUGAAGGGUGGUGUGUCUGAUGAAGUGACUCUCAGUGCUUACAUCACUGCUGCCUACUUGGAGAUGAAGGUGCCCCUAAAUGAUCCUGUGGUGAACAAGAGCCUGUCUUGUCUCAGGGAGUCCAUCAGUGACCUCAGCAACACCUACACUACAGCUCUGCUGGCGUACGUCUUCACCCUGGCAGGAGAAACGGAGACCCGUGCUCACCUUCUGAAGCACCUGGACACUGUUGCAUCAAACCAAGGAGGUUUCCUCUACUGGUCUCAGACAGCGACAGAAACGUCAGCCUCUCUGUCUGUGGAGAUCAGCUCCUAUGUGCUGCUGGCCAAACUCAGCGGCUCUCCCGCUGCUGAAGACCUGGGCGCCGCCACCAGCAUCGUCAGAUGGUUGACGGGACAGCAGAACUAUUAUGGAGGCUUCUCCUCCACACAGGACACAGUGGUGGCUCUCCAGGCUCUGGCUCUCUACUCCACCAGAGUGUUCAGUCCAGAGGGUUCCAGCACAGUGACAGUCCAGUCUCCCAGUGGCCAGCUGACAUUUGAUGUGAAUCAGAACAACAAACUGCUCUACCAGGAGAAGCUGCUGCAGGAAGUGACAGGAAAGUACAGCCUGGAGGUGAAGGGUUCUGCAUGUGCUUCAGCGCAGGUCAGUGGUCACUGUCACUGCAGCACUUCCUGUUUCUCUUUGACAUACAUAAACAAACACAACACUGCAAACAUAACCAUGUCCUAAUGUUAGCAUCCCCUG